UAUUUUUUUUUACAAAGGAAUAAUUGAAACAGUUGUAGUAUAAAAGCGUUCGACGAUGCAGUGGAAUUUCAGCAGAUACAUCUUCCUCAUCUAGCAACCCACAUCCCACAAUUUAAGCGAACAACAUGCAUUUUACGGCAUCCGCAGCUAUCAUUGUACUAGUUUGCAUGGCAUCAGCCAUCGAUGCUAGUAAGCUACCAAUCGCUAAAACGGUACCCCACCGAUCGUUGAUGAAACGUCCGUCGUCACAGACUAACGUCAACAUCAACACGAACGAAAACGAAAAUAACAAUUUCCUCUUCAGCUCACUCAUUUCUGAACUGCUUGCCAACGUAAACAGCCAAGGCUCAGACCAAGACCUGUGUGAGAGUGACGAUGACGAUGAUUCUUGCUUCUGGAAAAUGAUUGGAGCUGAUGUUCUGGCAAAAUCAGCAAAGGCCGCGCAGGAAACCGAAGACGUUGCUGAUGAUGAAACUGACAAGCCAAGCCUUGAAAAAGUUGCUGAUAAUUCCAAAAGCCUUCGAACACGCCCUGUCUUUGGCCCCAGCAAUUAUAAUUUCAACUCCAACAGCAACGGAAACUCCAACUUUGACUUUAGUUCCAUUUUCUCAUCUUUGCAGCAGUUCUUGAGGAACAAGAAUAAGAAACUUGCCAAGGAGACCACCGUCAAGAAAGACUAAAACAAUCUUGGCAAUUACGAUAUGGACUUUGGCAAUCGACAAUCUCGACCAGCGACACAAUUUUCUUGUUUUCUUGAUUAGGAAUAUUGCAAUGAAUGGUAGUAGAGGAGUUUCAAAUAAAACCAACAAAUUAUAGAA